CACUGGUGGCCUAUUCUAUUUGAGGAUGGAGCUCCAGCAGUGAACACCCUUCACGCGCACCGCAGUUUCGGCGUGAUGCUGACCGGGACCGGAGGAUGCCGCAGUCCUGAAUGGAACAUUUAAAAGGCAACAUUCUGCGUUUAUUUUCAAUCUAAUAACGAAUGGCAGUUUGUUGACGAGGAACGAGCUUUGUGUGAAUAUGAAAUAUCCUGCAGAUAUUUCCCUUGUUCAGUGAUGCAGCUUCAUUUCCUCUGCUCGGCUGCUUAUGGAGAAGGGUAAACCGUCUGUGCUGGAUUGACAUGGAUUGUGUGCUUUCCGACUAGAACAUCUCACUGAUCGUUUAAUAUUAAUAUGGAGGGUGAUAUUCCAGUCAUGUUAGAGCAGUUCUUGAGCAGCCCUCUUGUCACUUGGGUUAGGACAUUUGGUCAGCUUGGUGACAGAGAGGGGAACAUGCUCUAUGAAUACACUGUAUUAGUGGAUGGCAUAUUCUUGAACAAGGUCAUGAAUCAAAUAAAUCCCAAAGGCACUAUUCAAGGUUUAAACAAAGUGAACAAUGACGUUGGCCAGAGAGCUCAAAACCUGUCUGUUCUAGUUUACCACAUCAAGUCAUACUACCAGGAGACCCUCCAUCAGCUGAUUAUGAUGCCUCCUCCCAGCGUGCUGCUGCUGGGCAGGAACCCAGUCUGUGAGGAAGGUCUAGAAGAGAUCAGGAAUUUGCUGCUACUGUUGCUUGGCUGUGCUGUGCAGUGUGAAAGAAAAGAGGAGUAUAUCGAGAAGAUACAAAGUCUUGAUUUUGACACAAAAGCAGCAAUUGCAGCUCAUAUCCAAAAGGUGACUCAUUGUCAGGAGAACGUGUUUGAUCUGCACUGGCUGGAGACCGAGGGUCUUUGUCCAGAGGAAUGGGAAAAUCUCUGCAGAAGUAUGAGCAUUAAUCUCAAAAUGUUAGUGGACCAGCGAGACCGGCAAUUUGAGGCCAUCGUGGAGUUGAUGCAGGGGAAAGAGACGAUGACGUCUGUUGUGUUUGGUGAUGACUCCUCCCUCAAAGAGUCCACCAGCGGCUGGCUCUCUUUUUCCCAGCAACAUCUGGCACUAGAGCUGGCGAAUGCUAAAGCCAGGAUCAAAUGCCUCAGACAGGAACUAGAAGAGAAAAGUGAACAGCUUUUAGACUGCAGGCAGGACCUGGAAAGGGUGGAAGCGGAGGUUAAAAGACUCCAGCAAGAGAACAUGCAGCUGUUAACAGAUGCACGAACAGCCAGGAUGUACCGUGACGAGCUGGAUGCGAUGAAAGAAAGAGCCAUCAGAGCAGACAAACUGGAGAGUGAAGUGGCUCGCUACCGAGAUAAACUUCACAACUUGAACUUUUACAAAGCCAAACUGGAGGAGCUAAAGGAGGAUAAUCAGGUGUUGAUGGAAAGUAAGGCCAUGCUGGAGGAAGAGCUACAGGGUGUCAAAGCACGAUCUGAUAAACUGCACCAUCUGGAGAAACACAACCUCCUACUAGAAUCAAAACUUCAUGACAUCGAAGAGGAAAGAACUGUGAAUAGGAGACGAACAGAGGAGCUGCUGGAAAGGAACGUUAUCCUGGAGCUCUCUCAGAAAAGGACUAUGGAAGAAUCAAAGCAUUUGGGCUGGGAGCUAGAACUCGCCAAGAACCCUCAACAGAAUUCAGAGUCGAAAUCUUUGGGCCAAGAGGUAACUGAAGUGACAUGUAGCAGGUUGCUGAAACUGGAAAAAGAGAACCAGAGGUUGUUGAAGGCCCUGGAAGAACUUCAAGGAACCGGAUUCAUCUCUGAAUCUAAACAUACUGAGGAAAAUGGGAGGACGGACAUAGUGGACUAUAAGACUCACAAAUCUACUCCAGCAUUUGCCAACAUGCACAAUGGCCAAAUUAUCACACCAACUCUGAAGACCAGCAAUCAUUCCCUUGACACAGAACAUACAUCCUUGGAAAAUACUAACGGCAAUCUUCAUUGUCUUGAAGUAGAGGUCCACGAAUUGGAGACUGAGGACCAGAGUCAUCAAGUCAAAUUCAUCCAAAACCAACUACGAGUAGAUCUUAAAAACCAAGGUCUAGUGCAUGAGAAUGGAGAUUUGGAGCAAGAUAGGAGUUGUCUGGAGAAGGAGAAUCGGAGAUUGCAGCAGCAAAUGAAGAUCAAGGAGGUCUCGUUGGAUUGUAGUAACCUGAAGCUGGUGGUCCUUGAGAAGGAGAACCGUACCCUGGUUAAAAAGUCUAACUCUCUUAGUGAGGCCUGCACCAAGAACAAAGAGCUAGAGAAGGAAAACCAGGAGCUGAUUCAACAGACUGGAGUGGAUAAGAGGAUGCUGAUGACAUUACGAGAGGAGCUACUGGACCAAAGGUUGAAAUUGCACCAGAAAGAAUCUGAUCUUGAAAAUUUGGCUUAUGAACUAGAGAGGAUGAGGUUACACCAGGAGACAAGAAUAGAAGAUCAUGAGACUGUAGAUCAGGGUCUCAGUCAUUGUAAGCAGUUAGAGUCAGAGCUGGAGUCUUCUCUAAUGAAAUCCCUGAAGAUUAAGAAAGAGAGAAUGGCUGCCCUCGAGGCCCGUCUGCAAGCAUCGGCAAAGAUAAACCAGCACCUAAGACUCGAUCUUAAAACUGUCAAACAGAAAUAUGAGGCAUUGCUUCAGAGGGAUGAGGAGGAAAAGGCAGGACAGUGUUCUCCACCAGAGUGGACAUGGCACAGAGAGAGUCAGGAGGCCACAUGGGCACUGCUCAGACUCAAAGAUCGACUCAUUGAGGUGGAGAGAAAUAAUGCAACUCUUCAGGCUGAGAAACAAGCUUUGCAAACACAACUGCAGUCAUUGCAGAUGCAGUCAGAUGGGUUGCCGGCACAAAUAAUUGCGUUACAACAGCAGACUGCUUCCUUGCAGGAGAGCAACACAACACUGCAGACACACAAUGCAAAAUUACAGGUAGAGAAGUCCACUUUAUCUUCCCAGAAUUCCUCUCUGAUGGCUCAUAAUGCACAUUCACAGCGGGAGCGGCAGAGUUCGGAGGCUGAGAGGGAGAGCGCGAUACGGGAGAGAGAAGAUCUGUGCACCGUUAAUGAAGUUCUUCUCCGAGACCACGAGAGACUGAGCGUCCUGCAUGAGAGACAGGCAGCAGAGUUGGAGGUGCUCUCUCACAGGUACUCAACAAUGGAGAACAGUCAUCGAACCAUGGAGAUAGAGCGCAGAUCACUGGAGGACAGAUAUAAUACACUAGUUCAGCAGUGCACUCAGCUGGAGGAGCUCGAGACAGCUCUCAGAGAAGAACAGCAGAAGAUGCAGAAUCAGAUAUGCACAAACAGGAACAUAACAGCAGAGUGCAAAAAACUCAGAGACGAGAAAGACUGGCUGAAUCAAACCUACCAGAAGCUGUUGGCAGAGAAUGAGGAACUUCAGGUUGAGCACAAGAGCAUAAAGAGCCAGUUGAACUCCUGCAAACUGGAUCAAACGCUGCUGGAAUCAGAGCUGUCCAAACUCAAAGAGCAGAACCAGCAGCUGGAAAUCACCAGCAUUAAACUGACCGACCAGUGUGAGUUGCUGACCCAGCUGAAGGGGAACUUGGAAGAGGAAAACCGACACUUGCUGGACCAGAUCCAGAGCCUGAUGCUGCAGAUCCGAACCCUGCUUGAUCAGACCAUGGAGAGCAAGGACCUGUUCCAUGUGGAACAGAAACAAUAUAUAGACAAACUGAAUGAACUCAGGAGGCAGAAGGAAAAGCUGGAAGAGAAAAUCCUGGAUCAGUACAAGUUCUAUGACCCAUCACCUCCACGCAGACGGGGCAACUGGAUAACACUGAAGAUGAGGAAGUUGAUGAAGACAAGGACUCCUGAUCAGGAGCAUGUUCGUUCCUCAACUCCCCAGCUCCGCUCCGAGUCAUGCGAGGGUCUGGCUGACCUGCGCUGCAACCACAACGGCUCCUCUGUGGGUUCCCAGGGCUCUGAGGAAUCGGCUUUCAACUCCCUUAAUGGUGACACUGUGUCCCCUAAGAGGAGCAGCACCUGCACCCUGAAAAUGUUUCAUGUUAAGGGUAACAACCUAAAGGAUAAAGACAAAGUAAAGUCUCUCUUCCGCCGAUCUCUGUCCAUGAAUGACCUUCUGCAGUCAGAGGGAUGUCUGGAUAAGGUCUCUUGGCAGCAGGAAGAUCAGCCAGAAGAGCAAAUAAUACCACACACCAUUGCCAUUUCAAAAAAACACUCCACAUCAUCAUCAUUUCAUAGCUACUCUUCCAUAGAAAACCAUACAAUAACCUGUAAUAAAGGUACAAACUCAAAAUGCACAUGGAAAGAUUUUCAAGGAGACACAAUUUCACCAAGGCUUGCAAAUGGCACUGAAGGCCAAGAUCACGGCCUGAAUGGCAAAUCGAGUCGUGCACCAAGUGUGAGCAAAGGUGAGUUCAGCGUGAGCCAGAAGAACGAGGCCUGGUCCAGUGAUAGCAGCCCCCUUCCAGAUCCAUUCCUGUCCAGCCAGCAACGAUUCAGUGACUCCCCUUCCCCAGCCCGACCCAACCACGAGGAGCUCAGGCAGGGCUACUGCUCCUCAAGGAGCGGGGUACAGAGGACCAGCAGUGGGAGAUCCACUAGAGACUGUUCAGCCCAAAAGCUAGACAAAGCAACCAUUGGACUGUAUAAAACUCAGAGUGUGCAAAGUACAGAGUCUGAUUCUAAACCUGCUCUCGAGACGCAGGGGAAUUCCUCCUCCGUAUCAGGCUGCUUGAACUGCUUUGUCACGCCAGUGCGAAUCCGUAAAACAGGCCAGGCUCUGUCCACUCUGCCCCGCGCCAGCUGUGUCAUCUCAACAUCAGAGGGCAACAGUCGACGUGCCAGUGUCCAUGUACCACUGAAGUCAGGGGGCUCGUUGUCGAAUAAGAGUGGUGCUGAACCUCAGCCUCACCCCAGUGAUCAGGUUUUAAAAGAAAGCCCUGUGUUGGAAGAGAAAGACCACAAACCAAAAAACCUUCUUGAUUCAGCAUUCACCAUCGAUUCAGUCUUUACAAACACAAUUUUCAGUGAGUGAAGUUGAAUUGAUACCAGUUAGAAAAAGGUUCUAUGUAAACACCUUUACCUGAAAUCAGUUGUAAAACAUUUAGGCUAUACCGUGAUCAUAUAAAUACAUCUUAUUCAGACCAUACUAUGAUUAGACUCUGAGGUGAAUUCAGGCAUAAUCUGUCUGGAAGCCAAUAAACAAUCCUCUUCCUUGAACAAUCCUCAGCAAAGGUCCUUCAUUUGUUUUGGAUGACACACAUAUAUUUUCCCCUUAUCACUCCCUAUUUUGUCUCCUCAUAUUUUGUUGUUUGCAUUUUUGCUAUGUGGUAACUGAUCUCUUUUUUUUCUUCAAAUGACUUGCAUGAAGUUUAAAUAAAAAAAGAAGAAAAUUAAAUACAAAUGUCCCUCUUUUCAUUUUUUUGAGCAUGUAGCAUCAAAACUGUUGUGAUUUAUUUGCUCUGUCUACUGUAUAAACUGUAUACAGUCAUUUUCCCUUUUGCAGCAUAGAAGA